ACGGAAGUGGUUGAUCAGUCCAGCGACUACAGAGUUCCAGACGGGUGGACCAUGUGUUACAUCGACGAGCGUGACACCGCACAUCACAAAACUCCGUGUCGGGACCUGCUUCAGGGAAUUCCCGGGUACGAAAAUGGCAAAGAACUGCUCGCAGCCGGGGGAACGUUUGGAUGUUGGCACGGGACCACGGGGGACUCUCCAGGACCGGCUUUUGCAACGAAUAAUGUCAUAGAGAACAGUUGUAAAGAUGGUGUGCAGCAGGAGACACGACUGCAUUCGUGGAACGUUCGAACAACAACACUUGGCGUCUGUAUAAAGGGCCUUAUUUGUGAUGGAGCUCCACAGAGGACAGUUCCUCCCUCUACACCUUCCAUACCUGAUGAAAGACGGAGUGAUAAUGAGGAUGAUGUUGGGUCUGGAGAGCUGGACGACAAAAUUACAAGGAAGAAUUUGGCUCUUGGCAAAAGAACGAAGCAGUCGUCUUUCUGGGACGCGGGUUACUCGCAGAACGCGGUUGACGGUGACCGCAGCACCAACUGGUACAGCGGGUCCUGUACUCACACCGAGGCCAGCCUUCGCGACAACGUCUGGGACGUCGGCACAACAAACCCCUGGUGGUACGUGGACCUCGGCUCCUCGUAUCCAAUCGGAAAAGUCGUCAUCGUGAACCGAAGAUCACCGAAAGACUCCGUAACCUCACGAAUCAAUCCGUUCGAGAUUCGAAUCGGGAAUUCGAAAGACGUGACGGCGAAUCCGAAGUGCGAAAGUCGACACGUUUUCCCCGCGGAUGAAGACGUCAUGGAGGUAUCGUGCGGAGGGAUACAGGGAAGAUACGUCGGAAUACGCCUCCCAGGAGAGAACAGAAUCCUGACUUUGUGUGAGGUUGAAGUGUAUGCAGCAGAUGAUACUCCACAGUCUUCACCGACGAUGAUUCCGGCCAUAUCUGACGGUUCGCUGGGUGAUGAUGAGGAUGAGGUUGGGUCAGGGGAGCCGUACGACAAAGGUGAAGGCCCACAAACAACAAUGCCAUCGACGACGACCAUUCCUACCCCAACUGAAGAUCCAGCCAGUGAUGAUGAUGAUGACGAUGCUGAUUCUGGAGAAGUUGAGGGUUCAGUUUAUUCGAAUGAUAAUCGACUGGCAUGCGAGAAACACUAUGUACUAAACGACCCAUGGAGAAGUGUGCGGACUCACAGGGAAAGAGGCCACAGGUGCGACCAGAAGACAAUGAUAAAGGAGAACCUCUGGUUUCGCUUUGUGGGAGAAGGUGGCACCAUGAUACCAACGCAACGCCCCCCAGCGACUCAUCGAUGCAGUACACACGCUCCCGUCUGGAUGAAAGGAAAUCAUCCAACCGUAGAGCAGGGCGUGGUGAGGAGAAAGGUGUGCGCAUUCUGGGAAGAGGAAGAGUGCCAUUGGUCAUGGCACAUCAACGUCCUAGCAUGCCCCGGAGGAUACUACGUCUACAAGCUUCCAAAACCGAAGAUCUGUUACCUUGCUUACUGUACAACGGAUGAAGAUAUUGAGGGGUCAGGAGAGCCAGACGGCUCAGGUGACUUGGGGUAUACAAAGCGAGGUGAUACGCAGUACAAGAUAUACACCGAGGAAAAGACCUACGAUGCUGCCAAGCAGACGUGUGCUGCAGACGGCGGCCAUCUUGUGGACAUCGAAACCGAGGCUGUGUACAUCUUUCUUCUAGGAAUGAUUCGAGACGUCGAUGUAAUAAAAGACUACUGGAUUGGGCUCAAUGACCAAGCAGAUGAACAGAGAUGGACCUGGUCUGAUGGAAAACUGUUGAAAGACGGUGGUUUCACCAAAUGGGCGCCCGGAGAACCCAACAACAAUGAAGGCAUCCAGGACUGUGGCCAGUUAUGGGCAUAUAAAAACUUCCAAUGGGACGACGACAGGUGUUCUUACAAGAAGUACUUCAUUUGCCAAAUAGGUCCAGGAGAGGCGUAUGACGGAGAUGACAUCAUCUUUAAGGGAUCUGGGGAGGAACCCUUGCCUACUCAAGAAAAUAUCAACGGUUGCCCAGAAAACAACAUAGUUGUGCUUCCCAGUGGUAAGAAAUACGUCGCCAGCGAUGACACCAGGACGUACGAAGACGCACAGACCGAAUGCAGACGUCAAGGCGGAAUCGUCGCCAUCCCAAGGAAUGAUGACGAACAAAGGAAUCUGGUGUUCCUGAAGAAUUGUGUCAGCAGAGAGAACCAGUUCUGGCUGGGUGUAAGAUGGACGUCGUCAGUAGGAUGGGUGGGCGGCAAGGGCAGUCCCCUGGGUGACUAUACAACUUGGGCGCCUGGAGAGCCAAACGACAGAUACAACGGCUACAGAUGUUCACACAUUGUCUAUGGCAACAAGGAGGGAGACAGAAGAAACAACUGGGCAGACGCUUACUGCAACUCAUUUUACAACUACGUCUGUGAGAUAGAAAACGCACCUUCCUGGUCAGCAUCCUCCCAGUUUGAUUCACGUCACUCGCCUGAUUGCGCUGAUAUCAACUCUCGCGAGACUUCAGACAAAGCCGGCGCAUGGGCAGCAGCAACCAACAACCAGGACCAAUGGCUGAUGAGGGACCUGGGCGAGGUGAAAGCCGUGACAGGCGUCAUCACCAAAGGCAGGGACUACAGCCCUGAUUGGCCGUAUGGACCACAUGACCAAUACGUCACCUCAUACGUCAUUUCAUUCGGCGUCAAAGAUGGCGACGAGACGUUUUACACCAAUGAGAACAACGAUAUUUCUGUUUUCACAGGGAAUUCUGACCGUAACGCGGAGGUCUACAACGACUUUAGGGAGUACAGCGGUCCUAUCAUGGCGCGUUACAUCAAAAUCCAUCCCCGAACCUGGCAUCAGCAUAUCUCAAUGAGGAUGAAGAUUGUAACAUCUGAUAUUGUUCCUAACGUCAAUGCAUCAUCCUGCUCUGAAGUGAAGUCUACAAACCCUGCUAGCAAAGAUGGCGAGUACACACUCCACCCUUUUUCCACGUGCCAAGAUAUAUCCCUCCGCGUCUACUGCCACAACAUGGCAUCCAAAGAACCAGAAGAGUUCCUGACUCUGCCGUCCGGGCCGGAAAGCAACUUUGCCAACAUCUACGCAGACCGAUUGAGGGAUAAUUAUGGAAGUCGGUGCAACGGACCGUUACAGGACCCGUACUCCAAUCGUGCCGGGACCACGAAGUUCAACAAAAUCAGAAUCAAGUUUGAAAACUCCAGGGUCAAGGUUAUUCGAGAUGACUACACUUUUGCUAGCACUGACGGCUUCAACAACGUACCGUAUGGGGAGGCUGGCGACUGUUAUUCUUGGAAACAGGGAUGUGCCAAAGGAACGUUUUCAUUGGAUCUUGCUGGGACUGGUCUCUCUUUGGCUUCAGACGUUCACUGGGUCAUGGAGGAACGCUAUCCAGGGUACAUCAGCAUUAACGACAUGUUUGUAUCAAAGGACAGAACGGCUGCAUCCGCACGUUGCGGGGGGUGGUGUGGCCACUGUUGGCCUGUGGACAAGAACCUAAUUCUCUCCCACCCACAAUGUGACAGCAACAGCCAACGCAGCAAGGCAAAUGACAAAGUCGACGUCGUGAAGAAUGUCUACCAAGGCUGCUUUAAAGAUGGUAAAAGACGGAGGCUUCCCGAAGCACUUCUCAUCAGUAUGGACAUGACAGCAGAUGUCUGUGUCAAACACUGUCGCCAAGAAGGAUAUUCUUAUGCAGGAACUCAAUAUUACAAAGAAUGCUGGUGCGGCACUGAGCUGCCAACCCGUGGACCACAUGACGAUAAUGAGUGUGCGACCCCUUGCGGAGGAAACCAGAAUGAAAUGUGCGGAGGCGAGUGGAGAUUAUCAGUGUACAAAGUGGAGCCAACCGUCGAUGUUAAACUUUCUUCGGAGGGACCUCAUGAGUGCCAGACAUCGGACGGGGCUUCCUACAGAGGAACGGUUGCUGUGACGAGAUCGGGCCGGACGUGUCAACGUUGGGACCAGCAGAUACCACAUGAGCACACGAGAACGUCUGACAACUAUCCGUCAUCCGGAUUGGUGGAGAACUACUGCCGGAAUCCGGACGAAACAGCCGGAGUCUGGUGUUACACCACGGAUCCUAACAAGAGAUGGGACUUUUGUGAUGUCGCAGUUUGUGGAUCUGUAACUGAGAAUCCUGCAACCCAACCACCUGUUUCAACAGAAAUAUCUACUGAGUCAGGAUCCUUGAUUGAAAAUCCUUCAACCCAAGUGCCGGUCAAGAAAGCAGAAACCGACGUUACAUCAACAGUGUGUCCAGUACCAGGCUACAUUCGUCUACGAGGAGCUUGCUACAAGUUCUUUGCUGAACCGAAGACGUACGACGAGGCUCGGCGGAGGUGUGCCGAAGACGGUGGGCUGCUAGCCAUGCCAAAAGGCCGAGCCACCAACCGAUUCUUCACCAACCACCAUCUCGGAUCCAGCUGGGUUGGGUUAACUGAUAUCAACAGAGAAGGUCGUUGGGUGUAUGAGGACGGCCAACUCCUGAAGUCGUCCGGGUAUUCUAACUGGGCCCGUGGUGAACCCAACGAUGCUGAUGGGAUAGAAGACUGUGCUGAAUUCACGCCAACCCGGGCGUUUUGGAAUGAUGCACCGUGUAACUCCAGCAAGCCGUUUACCUGUCAGAUAGGUGUAACCGAUGCGACGUCAGCAAGCCCAACACCUACACCUGAACCUACACCUACACCUACACCAGCGAGCCUCUCUACACCGAGAGUCACGACAGAGGGAAGACUCACCGUGCUCAAAACAUCCAAUGUAACCUUGAAAUGCAGGCUGAAAAUGAGACGACGAAACAUCAACCAUCGCAUCAAUUGGUACAGAAUCGGAGAAAACGGCACUCAGGGUGCUCCUCUCCUUACAUACAUUGAUAGACACGCCUUUUACAACUACAAGAGGACUGCAGAGCUGCGAUUGGCCGGCAGACUGGAAGCCGUUGAUGAUCACGUGUCCCUCAGGAUUUUAAACGUUAAAGUAGAGGAUUCUGGGACGUACAGAUGUGAGGUCAUCCUGGCAUCGCAGCAGCGCGCUUACGCUGACGUCAAUAUGACCAUUUUAGAAUGUCCAACUGAAAAGAAAAAAGGACCACAUCAUCAUCGACAAAGCUAUUCCAACAGAGAUGGCGAGAUCUGUGGACCAACAUGAUCAUCCAGG